AUGACCGGUAAUGAUGCCGUGGCGGUUACUGCGACCACAGGGUUAGCUGCUCUCAAUAUUGGAGGCACAACUUUACAUUACUUUGCUGGAAUUGGUCUUGGCCAAGGGACUAUACAAGAACUUGUUAAAAAAGUUCGUGAUAACAGAUCAGCCCGUCAGAGAUGGAUAGAUUGUAAAGUCUUGAUUAUAGAUGAAAUUUCAAUGCUCGACGGGGAAUUGUUUGAUACACUCGAAGCAAUUGCGCGAAAUAUCGAGAAUAACACACGACCAUUUGGAGGGAUACAGUUGAUUAUCACAGGAGAUUUCUUCCAAUUGCCUCCAAUAUCGAAGGAUAGUAGAGCGAUUGCUAAAUUUUCCUUUGAAGCACGAACGUGGAAAGCAUCCGUUAAGCAUACUAUACAAUUAACGCGAGUAUUCCGUCAAAAAGAUAAUGAACUCAUCGAACUUUUAAAUGAGAUGAGAACUGGGAAAGUGUCAGAUCGUUUCUCGGAACUUAUUGUGAGAUUAGAAAAUGAACCGCAAUAUCCAGACGAUGGUAUCAAACCUACGGAAUUAUACCCGAGAAACGAUAACGUGAACAGUGCCAACCUUAUACAGUUAGAUAAGAUUCCGCAUAAAUCUCAUUCUUUCUUUGCGGUUGAUUGGGAACCUAUGAGGAUUGGACAGCUCCGUAUGCUCGUAAAGAGUUGCCUGGCUCCACAAGAACUAAAACUUAAACGGGACGCUCAAGUCAUGCUUAUUAAAAAUUUGAAAGAUUAUAAUCUUGUUAAUGGAAGUAGAGGCGUUGUCAUAGGAUAUCAUUCUAAUUCAACUGCUCAAGAUUAUUUUAAAGGGGAAGAAGAAGGGCUCGAAAUAAACGAUUUACUUCCAAUAGUGCGGUUUACGGAUUCGAACCAAAAGAUUAUCGUUGAACCCCAAGAAUGGACCAUACCUGGAAAUGGAGGAAAAACAAUAUUGGCAUCACGUAAACAGAUCCCACUCAUUCUUGCAUGGGCGAUAAGCAUCCAUAAAAGUCAGGGUCAAACUUUGGAUCGUGUUAAAAUUGAUCUCGGGCGUGUAUUUGAGAAAGGUCAAGCAUAUGUGGCCCUCUCCCGCGCAACAUCCACUGCUUCUCUCCAAGUAUUGAACUUUCGUCCUUCAAAAGUCACUGCACAUGAGAAAGUGAAGGCAUUUUACGAGUCACUGAAGAAACAUGAUUUGGCGAGUCAAUGUACAGACGAAGACAAUGAUUCUAGUUUUACUUCG